UUUAUCCAAACAACUAUUUAUAUUUAAAAAAAGAAACACACACACACAUUAUGAAUGGAGCCUGCAUGAGGGGUUUCGAUUACUGUCAAACUCCGAAGCACAAUUCCCGAAUCGGUCACGUGGUACAGCCGGGCAGCGAGACUUCCGACGUCAUCACUUUCGGGUCCGCCCCUUAAAUGACGCAAGCCUCGAUACGCGCUUUGCGGAAACGCCCCCUCCAUUACGCGACACACGCCUCGCAGACUCGGCAUAUCUCGCAACAUCACUAAUAAGAAGGAACCAACCCCAAGGUUAGGAUUGCGACGUGGGUUUUUUUUUUUGGACCAUUUUGACAUCAUACUCGCGUUUCAAUAGCCUUUUAUUUUGACGACGACUGCGUUUGUUUGUACGGCUCUACACCACAGUCCCUACUCCCAAAAUGCUUGUCCUUCAUUACGGUUUCAACUUUAUUCGACUACAAAUGGAAACAAACUACUUGAGAGAUACUGUAGUGUCCCUUUGUAGUCUACGCAAGGGGAAAGAAAUGUCCAAAAGUUGCAUUAUUCAGAUAAGAAUAUUAAUUUCCGUAAAUAAUUCUUCCAUUGGCGCCAUCUGCUGGAUAAACCGUGUAUGACACGAUGCAUCUGAACUGAAACUGUCCCCCAAAGGAAUUGCUGACGUUUUCAAGGUUCCAGCCACAAAAUGUGCAUCGAGGCCUCUCUCCGUGACAACAGACCAAAGUUCUUCUGCUGCUUAAACGUUCCAGAGCAGCCAUCACAUGGCAUGCUUGGAUAGAAGCUUUGCAUGACAAGCGACUGCAGUCUGCCGAGGAAGAAGAACAAACAGAAAAAGAUGAGGUCCAGCUUUUCCAAAAAUGCAGUUGCAAAGUUGGAACAUGAUAUCUGCGAGCUCCUCCGUGACCUGAACAACUAUGCUUUCUGUGACACGCCCACCCACUGCAUUCGAGCGGGAGUCCUGAGCUACCACCGCGAGUCUGACAACCCUCGACUUGCCAUCACAGCCGCCCAUUUAGAGGCUCCAUUCGAGUAUCCAGGAAAGUGUGAAUACUGCCACCGGAACGCCCGGCCUGUGCUGGAUGUGAGAUGGGAAGACGAGCUGGAGGCGGUGCCGGGCUUCUGCUGUGCCCAGCGCAAGAUGCUUUGCAUGGCCCUGGUGAGGAAAAGGCCUUCGGUAGAGGCCGAACUGGAAGAGGAGAGCGUGAGGCCCAAAGACAAGCCCUCCGACUUGGCAGAGGCGCUGCUCAGCGGCAGAGAGAAGAAAAACACAAAAAAUUUUACAGACCUCUCACGUGGACUAAUGGAGCUAGCAGACUUGAAGAGAGACGACGACGCCUCCCAAAAGGCAGAACCGACCCAGGAGACAAAGAUCCUCAGCUUCCGGCUCGCUGGUUCCGCGGAAGAGGGAGGUUGGACGCUCAAGAAUGUGCCCGAGAACGUUGUGCAACUCAAAACGGAGGAGGCCAGAGAGUCCAUUUGUGACCACAAGCCACCUCUGUUUGGCAUAUGUCAUUUUAAGGAUGGGGAAUUUCAACAGAAGUUUUACAUGGAUGGCAAACCCUUUCUCAACAUGUUCCCAGAUGGCUCUGCUCAGCUCUUUUAUCCGGGAGAACUCUUGGCUCUAGUGUUUGUUAUCACCAAAGACAAGGAAAAGGUUUGCAUCGUGUAUGACAACAACCACGUGACGCCCCACGGAGCCAUCAGAGCCAUCUUCCAGUCUAAUGGCAAGGCAACGUGUUACCACAGCAACGGAAACAUAUGGUUGAGUCUAAACAGAGCUGGCGGUCAGUGUUUGGAUGAGAUGGGCGCCAGGAUCCGUCGCUGGAGCUGGAAAACGCUUCCUCCCCCUCACCUGCCUCCUCUCUUCCUGUCCCUCAAUAAGAACGUUGGGGUGCGGGUCCUGGGGAAGGAUCAAAUUUUUGUCUCCUUCCUGGCUAAUGGUCAACAGGCACGGUGUAGUGUGGGUAGCUGCAGCGCUCAGUGUAAAUGCACAAGACAGAUGCCUACAAGCGGACCAUCGCUGCUGAAGGACGAGCUGUUUGUGCUGGCCGCCCGAGUGAAGAUCCACCUGUGUAUCCAGCAUCUCAACUGGAGUCUUCUGACACCACUGCACCAGAAGAGCACGCCGCCCCCGAGCAUCCGCGUCUUCGGCAAAAAACUCCUGGAAAUCAGCACCAACGUCCUGAUGAGCCAGCACGAACGAGCCUUCAUCAGGGGCUGCCUUCAGGACUGUCUCUAAUAGAAGAAGACCCCCGCUGCUUCAUAGUUACAAUAGGUUUUUAAUUCAUCAUAUCAACUCAUUCCAAGUUAUGCAAAUAUAAAAAUUACUCAGAAAUCAUAGCAAAAACGUAGUCUCUCAGUGUUAGUUGGACAACAGCAUGACAAGUUUUUUUGUUUGUUUUUUUAACAGGGCUUAGCUACUUUGACAAUAACCUUUUAGUAAUUCUACAGGGUGUUCAGAAGGUCACUGCAUUUACCCAUUAUUAAGACAUGUUUCAAUAUAGACAACGGGAGGUACAUAAUCUAUUCAGUCUCAUAACUGUGUGCACAUUGCACGUAAACUAUAAAGACAAGGUGGAUCCACAGUUUGUGUCCACUUAUUCCUGCAAUGUAGGCAAUAUGGGGAAUUAGCACUGAAGUGCAGGGAUCCCUGACUUCAGCCCUGGAUUAGCAGACAGCACUCUUGUCUGGAACGGCUACCGUCUGGAUAAUGUAUUUAAGUUGACAAAGCCAUUUACAAGCUUGAAUAUAUCCACUUUGAAUUUUGACUUGUUUCAAUAUAGAAUAUAGGAGGUACAUGUUUUCUAUAUUAAAACAUGUUUGUUAAUAAAAAUAAGUGCACAGUGACUUUCCAAACACCUUGUACAUUUGGCUCAG